UGUGUGUUUAUUAUGCGACUGACUGAGGCCUCCGCCCAGAAGGCCAAGCUGACUGAGGGAGACGCCCUGCUGUUUGCGAGCGACUGAGGAGGGCCCUCCUCCUCCUCCUCCUGGUGCUUCCCCAGGCGGCCUGGCACUGGCAGAGAGAGCGAGAGAGCGAGAGCGGCGCCGGUGGUGGCGUCGUCAUGUGACGGAGAGGCUGCUGCUGCUGCUGCUGCUGCUGCUGCUGCUGGGCCCAGCGCUUAGGAGAAGAACCAGGAGGAGGAGGAGGAGGCAGCCUCUUUCACUGGCUCUGCCUCUGUCUGACCAGGAGACCCGCUCCCAAGAGGGAGAAAGUGGGGGAGGAGGAGGAGGAGGCAAGCCCCGACCCAAGGACCAGGAGGAAGACCAGGAGGAGUGGGGGGUCCUUCCAAUAGCCACGGCGCCCUGCUGCCCCGCUUUGGGAAAGUUUGCGAAAAACACAGUUACCAAGAAAAUACUUGUGUGUAAAAUACAAGAUAAUCUCUUCGAGAACCAAGCAACGUAAGCACAAAUAGAGUUGACUAAGAAGAUGCUAAUGUUUGACCCUGUACCUAUCAAACAAGAAGCAAUGGAACCAGUUCCAGUGUCAUUCAAUUCUGGUUACAUGGAUCACAUGAAAACCAACAAAUACAGUGUAAUUUAUUCGACACCGAAUAUGAUACACAAUAAAUUCUAUCCAGUUCCAGAAGAAUUGUGUAAUGGAGUUCAGGUUGAGCCUGUUGAUCUCACAGUGAACAAGCCACCUUCAGCUGGAAGUUCUCCUUCUCCUCUGAAAUUCCAGACUGUACAUAGGAGAGCCUCGCCUGGAUUAAAUCUGCCAUCACCCAGCCCUCCAAUGAAGAAAUUGACUCCUCCAGGAAUACAGCCUUUCACUAUGCCAUUAACUAUUCCUCCGGUAAUGGCAGCUCUUUCACGCCAUGGACUUCGCAGCCCUGGGAUACUUCCAGUUAUACAGCCAGUUGUAGUACAGCCUGUCCCUUUUAUGUAUGCCCCUCACCUUCAACAACCUAUUAUGGUAUCCACAGUUCUUUCAGAAGAGUUGGAAAACCCAAGUAGUGUGCCAGUGCCUGUAAUCGAGUCUUAUGAGAAGCCAGCACUAAAGAAAUCUAUAAAGGUAGAACCAGGCCUGGAAUCACCUAGGAAUGAUUACUAUGCUGAACAAAUGUCUCCUCCAUUGAUGACUUCGUUGUCACCCCCUCAAGCAAUGCUUCAAGAGAAUCAUCCUUCAGUUAUAGUUCAGCCUGGUAAGAGGCCUUUACCUGUGGAAUCUCCUGACACACAAAGGAAGCGUAGAAUACAUCGAUGUGAUUACGAGGGCUGUAACAAAGUUUACACUAAAAGCUCCCAUCUGAAAGCACACAGAAGAACACAUACAGGGGAAAAGCCUUACAAAUGCACUUGGGAAGGUUGCACAUGGAAAUUUGCUCGAUCUGAUGAACUAACGCGGCAUUUCCGGAAACAUACUGGAGUCAAACCAUUCCAGUGCCCAGACUGUGAUCGUAGCUUCUCUCGCUCAGACCAUCUUGCUCUUCAUAGGAAACGCCACAUGCUAGUCUGAAUGUCUCUUCAUCCAGUUUUCUUCAUAUUUCCUUUCUUUUUAUUUUUACCUUGUUGAUUUUAAUUUAGAUUCAGCUGGCCUGAAUCUCUGGAUUUUAUAGCCACAAUUUUUUCCCUAUGGUCAGUAAAAGUUAUUUGCUGGACCCUUCUUUGCUCUUGCCACGGGUCAGACCUAAAGAAUGUGAACAUUUAUUUUUCCUGGGGAUGCGAAGCAAACCCUACCUGCCAGCAAAUAGGUUAAAUUGCUGUGAUCAAGCUGGUUAAUUUUGCCAUUCAAUCAGCCAGUAUAUAUGUAUUGAUCAUAUAGUUACUGUUGUUGGAAAUCCAGCCUGCUAGUCCUUGCCAGAGACUUUGUGUACCCUGUAAAGGAUGCACAUCUCCUUUUUAUGCUCAGCAAUGCAAUAAAUGGACUCUUUCCAAUGUGGGUGGUGAUAGAAGCAUGUUCCACAAGACACUUUUUGGAUGUUUUUAAAAAAUCCUCAGUGUGAGAGUGAAUGAAAAAUUCUUGACUGAUGGGUGGUUGUUAUCAGCAGAAAUUUUGUUAAUGUGUAAUGCACAUCCUGACCACCAAUUCCCCUUUUUUUGUGUAGUGUGUAAAAUGCUAGCUUGUGUUUGCCUGGAUACAAUGCCUCAGUAGUUUCAUUAAGCAAACACCUUGACAUAUUAAUAGUGUUUUGUGUGCAACUGUAUGAAUGGAACAUACAUGGUACUGCUAUGAUGUGGCAUUCAAUGAUACAUGCAAUAAUCUACCUCACUGAGGAGGUGUGGUAGGUAUAUUCGUCUCUCAUCACUCCUCUGCAUUUCCUGUUGACUAGAAAGCCUCUGUCCCUUCCUUGUCAUGGCAUAGUAAUGGCAACCAUUUCAGCAAAAUGAAAUCAGUCAGCUCACUGCUAGAAAUUUCAUCAGAGAUCCUCCCAUAUACGUAAAAUAAAUGACACAAGGAAUAAAAUAUCUUAACUGAAGCACUUCUGCACAAACCAUUGCAGAUAGAAAAGGUGCACCCUACUCCCAUAGGUUUUGCAGGCCAAAUCCAACAGGAAAUCUUCAUGAAGUUCAAUAUGUAUUUUGUAAUGCAAUGUCUUUAUUCCCAGUAUCAGGCAAAAACACUAACAAAUAUUUGAUUAAAAAAUCAACAUCGUUGAUGUUAUUCUUAUCUUAAGAAGUGAUUGGUGCCCAGUGGAAGAAGUUUAAAGAAAUAACACACUGUUCACCAUCAUGUUUUCUUCUAUAAGCUUUGGGGUCUUUUUAAAAUUUGGGAACUUUGGGUUUUCAUAUUUUUAAAGAAACAGUUAAAAAAAAUGGAAGCAGCAAGAACAACCGGAAUAAAACAAGAGAGGAAAGGACAUCAGAAUGUGCUAGGAAACACUGCAUUAUAAUCACCUACUAUAAUUAUACAUUUCAGUAAACAACUUUUCAGGAGCAACAUGCCUUAUUCUUGAUUUUUAAAAUAGUUAAAUCUGAUCUGUUAAUACUGUUUCAUAAACUGUAUUCAUGUUUAUAAACUAUUUUCUAGCACUUUUGUACUCAUAUAUAUAUAUAUAUAUAUAUAUAUAUAUGAGAGAGAUGUUGAAUGCCUUCCAAAUAAUUUCUGACAUGAGGUGAAGUUAUCACGGGGUUUUCUUGGCAAAAUUUGUUCAGAAGGGGGUAGCCUUUGCCUUCCUCUGAGGCUGCGACAGUUGCCCAGUGUCACCCAGUGGGUUUCCAUGGCUGAGUAAAGAUUCAAACCCUGGUCUCCACAGUCCAAUGCUCAAACCACUGCCAGCUUCAACCAUGCCAGCCCAUACAUACAUACAUACCUGAGGUACUGAUUAACCCUUUCCUAUGAAAAUCACCAGCCUAGAACGCCUUAACUUUGGUUUGAUGAAAGGUAGAUGUUGGUACCAAAUGCUGCUCAAUCCUGGCCUAGUAUAGUUUUGAAAAGUUAAAUCCAGUCAAGAUCGAAGUUACCUUCCCCUCAAGAAAGUACUUAUGUUUAGCUCUCCUGAAAGGGAAAACUCACUGGUAACGCCAAAAAGUUGGAACGGAUACAUUGCCACUUAAGUGGCUCUAAUCUGAAGCACAAUGCCAUUAUGCAGUAUUCUGCAGAUAACUAUGGAGUUCAGCUGGGUUGCUGGGGGGGGGGAUGAAAUUGAGGCUUCUUCCUAGUAAUUUCAUAGGGAAUAAGUAAAAUAAUGCUUCUCCCACACCCAGUUCUAUUUAAAACCAAACUAAAAGGUAAUCAAAUCUUUAUUUGGUUGGAUAUUUAGGUAUUUUGGGUUUGCUCUAGAUAUUAACAUGAUAAAACAAAGGCGCUAGUUACACAGUAACUUGCAUUUGCACAUGUGACUUUCACAACCAAAUCUUGAAAGCGUUAGGGAUUUCCAAGACCAGCCCUAAGUCCUAAAAACAAUAUUAUCAAAAUUAUAGCACAUUUUGCCUUUCUAAUACCAGUUUAUACAAGAUGCAUCUGCAACACGUUCUCUAGCACUUUGAAAAGAGCAAAAAUCUCGUUUUACCGUCUCUAGUGUUGCCAAGCAAAUCUGGGAAAUACAUUAUUUUAUGUUGUGUUGAUACUCUUGCGCUCGGUUGCUAACAUGGAAACAAAAACUAAGUGUCAGCAGCUCAGGAUUGGGAAGUAGAGAGAAUGCCAGGAUAUGAUUUCUUUCCAUCCUUUUAACGUUACAUAAAACUUAACUACUGAAAGAAAAAAAUCCAGUCUAUGUUUAAAGAUGGAGACAGGAUAAAUGUAACCUAGCAAUCCUCAGUAUCUGCUAGGUCUAAGAAGAGCUGAAUAGAUCUGUCCCCCAUUAUAUAGCAGAUGUGUAGCUGCAUUUGUUUCACAGUGCCUUUCAUUGCAAUUACACAGUGAGAUCUACCACUUUAAGAGUGCUCCAGAUUUUUUAAAAAUUCAGAUAUGUGUUUAAAGAGACAUUCAUUUGUGAUGCUGCUAUAGUAAUCUCAUAAAAAUAUUUUCGAAGAAUUGUAUUUUCUCAAAGUACCUCUGGGGAUACGUAGCUGAACAGUAUAACAUUGUUUUCGUUUAUGCCGUAAAGUGCCAGAAGACAAUCUGGCCUCCAAAAUCCAAACUUGCGAGGAAUGUUCCAUUAUGUAUUCUUUUACUGUUGUUUUGAAAUCUGAGCAGAGUAUGGGGGAAAAAGUUCAACUGAUAGCUCAGUCCAAAUGGAAAUGACGCUUUAGAAUGGUUUAUUAAUCCCAUGACAAUUUGUAUUACCAACUGAUUCACCAAUGGCAAACACGAUUAGAGAUUAUGUUCAUGUAUCCCCACUGAUAUUGAUGUCCUGUUUUAGAGCAACAUUGUUCUAAGAUAUGAUGCAUUGUAAGUAUGUAUAUUGGAAAACAGGUUGUUAAAAAAACUAGGCAUGUUGAAAGUGCGGCUGUAGAGGCGGUCAGACUUUUCAUUUUUGUCCCUUGCAAAUAUCCUGCUGUCUAGCAUUAGUUCAAACUCGGAAUAAUUCAUCCAUUGCAAUCCAGACCAUUUCUGUAACUCCUGUCAACAUCGGAAAUGUGUUUGUGUGUACUUGGGGGAUGGGAAAAGGUUGAGAUUUAGAAAAACAGGUGCAGAAUCACCUCAGGCAUAUGGUAUUGUCAUGUACAUGUACUUGUAGUAAUGUACUUUGGGCCUUGGCCAUAGACAAUGGGUUAACCAUUCAGAUGGAAGAAAUUGGUCUUCCAAGUUAGGAAAGGAACCUUUAGAUCUAAUCUUUUACGUAAAACUAAAGACGUACAUUGCAGCCCUAAAUCCCCUUCCAGUCUAUUUAAAUGAGAAAACAGAAGAAUAUAUACCCUGAGGAAAGUGAAAAGUCCAGUCUCCUACUAAGGUUUCACAGGAGCAGCACUUCAUAUGGUAGUAGUGGCUUUCAUAGUAUGUCGCAGCAUAUCCCAGCAAGUCGGAAAAUGACUCUGCUGCCAUUUUAAUAAUCCUGCAGGGAGGAGAAGGGAAUCAUUUGAGUGCAAUACGUGGCUUUACCAGGAACAGUCUUCUUCCUGAAAUCUAGUCUGGAUUCUAGCACCUAUCUUGAUGUUUCGGGAAACUAAAAGCAACCUCAUCACAAUCCCUACCACACAGAAUGGUUGUGCAGCUUCUGUGCCAGUGUCUCCACUUCAUGCCCAAGUAUAGCUUUCAGGACAGUACGUCUGCCACAUAGACGUUUUUGCUAUCACUUCAUCUCCACUGUUGAAAGUGGAAUGGGCUGUUUGCCAAGUGAGAAAGGCUCUUUGCAACUAGAAGAACAGUGUGGAGUAGUUCUGUUUCUAACCAAGCCAUGUACACAUACAGUGUUGCACUGAUGCAAUCUUUAGGGUGCCGCUUCAUUGAUAAUGCCCCAUUAAAGAGCAUUCCUCAAUAGACCAUUCCUUUCCAGGCUAUAUCAUGCAGAAUGAAGCUGACAUUUCUGUAAUGUGGUUUUUAUUAUGCACAGCAAUUCUGUUAAAAUACACUGAAAAAGAGAGAGAGAGAACAAAACAAAACUCUAAUGGGAAGAUCUUGUUUCUAUUUUGUUUCCAGGCUUAGCAAGGUGUACCUGACUGCAUAUCCUUUACUUUUAAACAGAAUUGCAGAAAAGCAAGUAUUUUACACGUUAUUUGAAAAGGGCUAUAAUUCCCAUUAUGUUUUACAAAUAUUAGCACUUUCUUGCUAUUUAUAUAUUUUAAAUGUUAUACGGUCAAAAUAAUCUUCCUGCUUUAGCGUUUCCCUACAACUUCGCCUGCAAAUGUAGCAGGAAUAUUACAUUUACUUUAAUACUUGUAUAAAACUAUGCAGAAUUUAAAAAUAAAAUAAAAUGUAAUAUAUUUUAUAAGCUAAUAAUAAUUGGGUAAUUAAUGGUUUCUAGCAUGCAUUCCUAUCAUUUGCAGAUACUGAAGCAUUUUGGUAAUCUUUCUCACUAAAGAUGUGAAUGUUUUUAUGUACCGUCACUGUUUCUACUUUUGGUAGUCCAAUGGGAAUUCAGUAAUGACAUUUUGUCAUGUCAAACUGUGAACAUAAAUUUGUACUGUACAGUUCUCAUAUGUUAUACAUACUAUGCUAUAUGUAUUAUACUUGUUAAUAAAACAAGACAAAUACUAAA